GGUUAGUUAUUGAUAUGGAGGAGAAAGAGAGGGAGAGAUUUUGAACCAUCGAAAAUGUUGGGUUUGAUCGGCUGCUAGCCUGACCGGCAAAGGCUUGUCUAGCUCUACGGACCUCUAGAGCUGGAAUGAGGGGACACCAAUCGCCUUCUCCCUCCCACGCUCGUAACAGAAAAUGGCCAAAAUGGAGUUUUCAAUCUUCUCUUCUAUGCCCACACAAAAGGAUCCACCAUCCUCCCUCUCCAUCUCUCUCCCAAUCCCUCACUGUUCUUCCUCACCCAGAGGGAGACAGAGAGAGAGAGAGAGAGUGAGUGAGAGAGAGAGAGGAAUUGGAAAGUUCUCUGUUUCCAAUGCUCUUGAUCUUCCUCGUUCUCGCAACAUUGAUCAAUCUUUAAGUUUAUCAACGAGGUUUGCAUUUGCACUAAGAUCAUCCUUGAGUUUUAGGAUCGAAUAGAUAAGUUACAGGGAAAUGGGUGCUUGUUUAUCCAUGCCCUCUCGCACCAUUAAAAUAGUGAGCAAACGCAGUUGGACUAGUAAAAGAAGGAGAAAGCUUCUAAAGGCUGCUGCUGAAGGAAUCAGGAAGAGGAAGAAUCAGUCUGGAACUCUUGUUAACGACUUUGUUCAAGCAACGGCUAACUGCGGAAGAACCGGAGUCUCCAAUUCUUUGUUUCAACUCGCACAGUUGCAGUAUCAGAUUGAUUCAGUGAUCUGUCAAGAGGAAACUUGGUUUGAUUCUCUUAGCUUAAUGGACUCUGAUGGUGAUGAUGAAUUUAGCAGUGUUCAUGAUGGAGAUUGUCCCCCUUGCAUUACAAGUAGCCAACAAAUCUUUCAGUAUGAAACCUCAUCACACUUUAUUGACAACAAUUCAACUUACAAAGAAUACCAUGAGAGUUAUGUGAAAAUCGAUGGGAACGAGAUGUCAACGGAGUCAAAAGGAUAUACGUUAAUAAGUUCCCAAAUGAAUGGAAUAAAGAACCUAGAUUCUGUUCAUGGAAGCUUUAACUUAAGGCUUGACAAUGGAGGUUUUGAAGAUAACACUGGGGAGACUUUUACCAAAUCUAACUUACCUCAGUUAGUUUCUUCCAUGAGUUUUAAUGACACAAUUAUAUUAGGUCAACAAACUCAGACUCGUAAAUCCACUGUGAUAAGACUCUCCUUGAAGAGAACGUCUGUCGAUGGAGAAGAGACCACUGGAUAUUGUGAAACAAAAAGCUUUUAUUAUCGUCCCAAAGCAGGACUCUUGAUUCCUUGUGCGGUUGAUGGAAAGCCAAUUUCUGGAACUUGGUCUGAGAUUGCACCGUCAAGUUUUAAGCUUAGAGGCGAUAGCUAUUUCUUAGAUAAGAAGAAAUCCCAUGCUCCAGAGUUCAGUGCUUACACACCUAUUGGAAUGGAUUUGUUCGCUUGCCCAAGAAAGGUUAAUCACAUUGCUCAGCAUCUUGAGCUUCCUUCAGCAAAAGCAAGUGAAAAGUUGCCUUCUCUCCUAAUCGUCAACAUUCAGAUUCCCACUUAUCCUGCACCUAUGUUUGUUGGUGAUGCCAAUGGUGAAGGCCUAAGCCUCGUCCUAUAUUUCAGACUGUCUGAAACUUAUGAGAAUGACGUCUCAGUUGCAUUUCAGGAUAGUAUCAAGAAAUUGGUUGAUGAUGAGAUGGAAAGGGUUAAAGGGUAUACUAAAAAAGAAACACUAGUCUCUGUCCGAGAAAGGUUAAAGAUUCUGGCUGGUUUUGUGAAUCCUGAUGAUUUUGUCACAAGUGCUACAGAAAGGAGGCUUGUAAAUUCAUAUAACGAAAAGCCCUUUCUUUCAAGGCCCCAGCACAGUUUCUAUCAGGGAGCUAAUUACUUUGAGAUUGACCUGGAUGUUCAUCGGUUCAGUUACUUGGCAAGGAAGGGUAUUGAAUCGUUUAGAGAACGUUUGAGGAAUGGAAUAAUUGAUUUGGGUCUAACGAUGCAGGCACAGAAACCAGAAGAGCUGCCAGAGACAGUGCUUUGCUGCAUGAGACUAAACAAGAUUGAUUUGGUUAAUCAUGGUCAAAUCCCUACACUCGUGAUCCCAGAAGAUAAUUGAUUGUUUAAUCAAAAACAGAGAUUUUGUUUCUUGGGGGAGAAUAAUGUUUGAUGUAAAUAACAUAAGACAUGGAAGUGUAUGGAAAACUAAAUAUGCUCUCUCUUAUAACAACAACAACAACAACAAGAACAACAACUGUUAUUAAUGUCUCUCUGCUUCUUUCUUUGUUUCUUUCUUUCUAUUGUCUCUUUCUCUCCCCCCAUGUUAUUAUGCAUAUCAAAUAGCUUGGGGAGGAGAUGUUUCAGAAAGUACAUUUAAUUGUUUUGAUGAGGUCUCUCUCUAUUGAAAUGUGCAUUUUACAAUGAAUAUAUUGAUAGAA